UCUGUAAUUGAAAUGUUUAGUAUGUUUUGUUCAUGGAUAUCACUUUUGCAAUCUGAAAUGAGUUGCCAGUUCCAUGAAAAUAUGACAUAUUGGGCUAUAAUGGUGUUAUGAGUGGGUGCUUACCAUUUUCAAGGUGUCUAUGUAUAGUGUGGAUUGUGCUAUCAUUUAAUCAAAAAGCCUAGAAAUAAGAUUUAAGGAAUUGUACAUUAAUUUUGGAGUGAAAUAAGAAAAAAAUAGAACAGGCGAACUCUACUUAUGAAGACCUUUUACUAGGAAAUUUAACAUGUGUUUGUUAUAUGAAGUCAGUGGUGUACCUCAUAAAAUUUUUUAUAGACAAUAUCAGUUUUGUAUAAUCUCUUAUACAAUUUGGCAUCAACUCACUUCCUCAAUUGGUUGUUUGGAGGCUGACUCAAGGAAAAUCUCCAGUUGUGUUGUUGUCCAGUUGUAAAAUAGAGAACAGUAUGUGGGUGGAAAUGGUUUCUGUGAAUGUUCCCACCCUAAAAAUAUUGCUUAGCUCCAGAGAUCCAACUUGCCUGUCUUGUCCACUUCAGUAAUAAGAGUAGAGAAAAAUCUAAUUGUUUUAACCAUUCAUUGUACUUAAAGGGAAAUGUACAAACCACCAAUACAAAUCUUACCACAUGAAAGCAUAAUAUGAAAUCAUUUAUUAGAAACUGAAAAGAACCACAGAGAUUUAAAGAUGAAUGUUGUUGCAUGCCAGUUUAAAUAUCUAAAUUGACCAGAAAAUGUUUCUGAGAGGAUGAGGGGAAUAAGGAUGGAUCCUUGUCCCAAGUGGAUAAACAUUUUAAAAAGGUGAGUAGGCAGGUAUAAAUGAUGGGGGGGGGAGCCAUAUAUUGAAUGCAGAUGAAAGCAGCAUAUGAAUUAAGGGGUUAUUAAAAGUCUCAUGGGAAACAUAGUUUUGAGGGAAGAAUUUUAAAAACUGGAAGAUCUUUCAGAGCGUAAAUAUAAACAUACAGAGAGAAAGGGCAAAGUUGUAUAAGGAAACCAACACCUACUGAGGAAGGUAGUGGAGGAAAUGAAAGUUGAGAGAUGGUACAGCAAACCUUUUAUAGUUUUAAUUGUAAAGACAAUAGAUUCUGAACUAGUUAGAAGUUCAGUGCAUGGACUAAAAGAACUGUGUUAUGGGAAGUAAUGAAACAGUUCUGGAUGAAGGUUUAGCAAUAGAAAACAAAAAGCAAGAAGGCUUCAAGAAGUGUAGAUGAGAGACAGGCAAAACAUGAUAAAAAGUAUAAUACAAUACUGUACUGAUAAGACACCCCGAAAAAAGCUUUAAAGCAUAACUAUUUUGGGCUAAAGAAUCGAGGUGGGGUCCACAACCUAUGUACUGAUUCUCUAAUGUUUCUGUAUUUUUGGCAGCCUUUGACUUUUGUCUGUGGUGAAGAACUGCUAUUCUUGUACAAACUGAUAAAACCUGAAAGUAGAAUAAGGAACAUUGAAAUAAUGGGGCAUUUCAAUGUUUGCCCAUACUGGUUUGAGAGAGGCUGCAGAAAAGAUUGGGCGUCUCAUGUUGCUUAUAUUAGACCUGCAUAUUGUCUUGCUUGCCUGUUAGAUUUAUUCAAACUGAUCAAAGAAAAAAAAAAUAGCAAUGCAUUUUAUCAAGUAGAUAGACUACAUGCCAUUAAAAGAUAAAGGAUGUGCGCCUGUAUUUUUUUCCCCCAAUUCCCCAAUCUGUGGAUGCCAAUGAUUCUGUUAAGUGUCCUGCCACCAAGCUUAUGUUGACCCUCUGCUUCAGAGUAGGAAUCUUAACUGCAUGAUGCUUUCUGAUAUGGACGCUUGCAGUGCUGUUAGCCAUUGCUGCUGGUGUCCAGUAUUGGCACAGCUAGUAGAUGCAGUGAUGACCAUUCUCUAGUCCUCCAGGUAUUUUAGUGGUGCCAUCAAAGUUCAAAAAGCAGUCGCUGACUGCCAUAUUUAUAAACUCCAGCAUAUAUUUGCACAAAGAGUAAGGAUCCAGACUGGGAUUCUGGAGCAAGGAAAUUGUUAUAUUCCCAUAAAAAGAAAGCUGCUGCUACAUGGCUUUGCCAGGGUAAAUGAGCAGUGAUGGUGGCAGCUGUGGUUGUGGUAACCUAUUGGGAUGCUUAUAGCUACAUCACAAAUGCCAUGUUUUCAUUUAUUGUAAAUUUCUAAAAUAAUUGGUGUGUGUGUAUGUGUCCGUGAGAGAGGAAAUAAUGUAUAAUUCAUUUAACCAUCCAACCAUCCUUUUUAAAAAAAAAAUUAUCCUGCCUUUAUCAUUUUAAUAAAUAACUCAAGGCAGCAAAUAUAUCUAAUAUUCCUUCCUCCUCUUUUUUUCCCCACAACAGCCUUGUGAGGUGGGUUGGACUGAGAGAGUACGACUGACCAAAGUCACCCAGCUGGCUUUUAUGCCUAAAGCAGAAGGAUUAGAACUCACAGACUCUUCUGGAUUCUAGCCUAGUAACUUAACCACUAGACCAAACUGCCUCUUGGGAACUUGGAAUUAGGAUCCCCAGACCACUGGGACAAGGACCAAGCAGAUACAUCCCAGAAAUGGAGAUUCUUCAAGUGAGCGCUGAGGAUCCUCAGAUGUCUUCUUUGUUUGCUGAGUCUUUCACAACUUUAGGGCAUUUGGAUAACAUUACAUUGGUGAUGGUUUUUCAUCCACGGUAUCUGGAGAGCUUUUUGAAAACGCAGCAUUAUCUAUUGCAGAUGGAUGGUCCACUGCCUCUUUGCUAUCGACACUAUAUAGGUAUAAUGGCUGCAGCAAGACAUCAGUGCUCUUACUUGGUAAACCUUCAUGUCAAUUAUUUUCUGCAAGUUGGAGGAGAUCCUAAAUGGCUGAAUGGUCUAGAAAAUGCACCUCAAAAGUUGCAGAAGUUGGGUGAUUUGAAUAAAAUCUUGGCACACAGACCCUGGCUUAUUACAAAGGAACAUAUUGAACAACUUCUAAAAACCGAAGAACACAGCUGGUCAUUGGCAGAAUUGGUCCAUGCUGUAGUACUCCUCACACACUAUCACUCGCUUGCUUCGUUCACUUUUGGCUGUGGAAUCAAUCCAGAGAUCCACUGUGAUGGCGGUCACACUUUCAGGCUGCUCUCCGUUGAUGGUUAUUGCAUUUGUGAUAUAACAAAUGGCAAUCAUGAUGAGUAUAAGAUGCACACCCCUGAUACAGAUAUUACAACUCCCGAGCCCUCCUGUGAAGUAGAAGCACUUAUGGAAAAAAUGAAGCAAAUACAGGAAUGCAGAGACGAUGUUGAAGCUAGUCAAGAGGAAAAGGCCACCCGAUUCGAGAAGGAGAAGAGAGAAAGCAUGUUGGUGGUUUGCUCAGAAGAUGAAGAAAUAGCACCAACAAGAGAUGUAUCUCGUCACUUUGAGGAUACUAGCUAUGGCUAUAAAGAUUUCUCAAGACAUGGGAUGCACGUACCUACCUUCCGUGUGCAGGACUAUUCGUGGGAAGACCACGGAUAUUCGCUGGUAAAUCGUCUCUAUCCAGAUGUAGGACAACUGAUAGAUGAGAAGUUUCAAAUUGCCUACAACUUGACUUACAACACAAUGGCUAUGCAUAAAGAUGUGGAUACAUCAAUGCUUAGGCGCGCAAUCUGGAAUUACAUCCACUGUAUGUUUGGAAUAAGAUACGAUGAUUACGACUAUGGUGAAAUUAAUCAGCUUUUGGAUCGCAGCUUUAAAAUUUAUAUCAAAACUGUAGUAUGUGCUCCUGAGAGAACCACAAAUAGAAUGUAUGAUGGCUUCUGGAGGCAAUUCAAACAUUCUGAGAAGGUUCACGUCAAUUUGCUUCUCAUAGAAGCACGGAUGCAAGCUGAACUGCUUUACGCUCUGAGAGCCAUUACUCGUUACAUGACGUGAAAACCUUGGGCAGUAAUCGAAGGUGCCACAGGGGCAACUUGCCAGGGCUUGUUAAGGAGCUUCUCAACCAGCAGGGGCUAAAAGCCAUGAAAUUAUUUGUGCCAUAGUGUUUAUUAUUAUUAUUCCUACUGCUACUACUAGUAUUAUUGCAGCUCCUUCCUUAGUGGGAUAUUACUGCUGAUGUUGAGGUUGGUGGUAGGACAGUUGUUCAGAGACACAAUCAAAUGGAUUCCAGCCUGCUCUAGUUAGCAUAGGAGGCAAUGACUUCUGGCAGACAACUAAUUACCGAAAUCUUCAUGUAUUGUCAGAAAUAAGAAUCUGGAAGAUAAGAAUUUACUUUUGAUAUAAGGGUGAAUAAUGUUGUAAAAGUCCUGAUGCUGCUGAACAUGCUGGUUAAAUGAAGAGACUAGCAAUUCCAGUUAUUAAGCUAUAAACAAAUGCAAGUAAUGCUAUCGUCUGAGCCUACAUUGUAUGUGAUGUUAAGAGAACCUCCUUGCUGACAAUGCAGAGCUGAACAGGAUGUUACAUUAGCAGUUUUGAUUGUUAAGAGAAUCUUUUGCUGUCUAGGUUGGUCUUAUUAUUUCAGACUGAGGCAGUGCGAGACUAUCAAAGCUGCUUAAAAAUCUGCAACUUUGUGAAAAAACUGAAUAGUUGAGAGCAAGGAUAGAUAAUCUUACUUCUUCAGUAUUCCUAGAAGCUAUCAAAGGUGUCAAAAUAUCAAUUCAGGCCUCAAAUAGUUUCUUACUAAAACACUCAUUUCUACAGUCUGCCCCUUAAGUAGCAGCUUAUGUAGUUAAACAAGAAAAUAGCGUAAGAACAACAAGAACAAAAACCCUGUAAGUGAUUUUGAUAUACGUAUGUGAGUGCGUGCAUGUGUAAAAUAUAUGAACACUUUUUGUAUGAGGUCUUUGUUAGUAUUACUGGGUUGUUUAAAUAAAAAAAUAACAUUU